CCGCGGGCAGGAGCCGGCCUCCUGCGCAGCUCCCCUCGGCCGCCGGGGGCCUCCCCGCGCCUCGCCAGCCGCCAGGCCCCCUCUUCGUUGGCCAGCCAGCGCCACAUCUGGCUCGAACAUCUGCCCGGCCCGCCGGGCGCGGGGUCCCGAGAGGGCGCGGCGCGGAGGCACCGCCGGGGUCCGGGAAGGCGCCGAACGCCGUGCUCGGGGCUCGGUCUAUGACGAGCAGUGGGAUCUGCCAUGGGUCGGGGGCUGCUCCGGGGCCUGUGGCCGCUGCACAUCGUCCUGUGGACACGCAUCGCCAGCACGAUCCCACCGCACGUUCAGAAGUCGGUUAAUAAUGACGUGGUUGUCACAGACAAUGAUGCAUACAAGAUUCCACAGUUGUGUAAAUUUUGUGAUGUGAGAAUUUCCACCUGUGACAACCAGAAGUCCUGCAUCAGCAACUGCAGCAUCACUGCCAUCUGCGAGAAGUCCCACGAAGUCUGUGUGGCUGUCUGGAGAAAGAAUGAUGAGAACACAACACUAGAGACGGUUUGCCAUGACCCCAAGCUCAAGUACCAUGGCUUUGUUCUAGAAGAUGUCGAUUCUCCAAAGUGUAUUAUGAAGGAAAAAAAGAUGCACGGCGAGACAUUCUUUAUCUGUGCCUGUAGUGCUGAAGAGUGCAACGACAACAUCUUCUUUGCAGGGGGAGAGGAUCCCACGAGCAACCCUGACUUGUGGCUAGUAAUUUUCCAAGUCACCGGCGUCAGCCUCCUGCCGCCCCUGGGAAUCACCAUCGCGCUCAUCGUGGCUUUCUACUGCUACCGCGUUCACCGGCAGCGGAAGCUGAGCCCCUCCUGGGAGACCAGCAAGCCGCGGAAGCACAUGGAGUUCAGCGAGCAUCUUGCCAUUAUCCUAGAAGACGACCGCUCGGACAUUAGCUCCACAUGCGCCAACAACAUCAACCACAACACGGAGCUGCUGCCCAUUGAACUGGACACCCUGGUGGGGAAAGGUCGCUUCGCAGAGGUCUACAAGGCCAAGCUCAAACAAAACACUUCUGAGCAGUUUGAGACUGUGGCGGUCAAGAUCUUCCCUUACGAGGAGUACGCCUCCUGGAAGACAGAGAAGGACAUCUUCUCGGACAUCAACCUGAAGCACGAAAACAUACUCCAGUUCCUGACGGCCGAGGAGCGGAAGACGGAGCUGGGGAAGCAGUAUUGGCUCAUCACCGCUUUCCACGCCAAGGGCAACCUUCAAGAGUACCUCACACGACACGUGAUCAGCUGGGAGGACCUGCGCAAGCUGGGCAGCUCCCUGGCGCGGGGCAUCGCGCACCUGCACAGUGACCACACCCUAUGCGGGAGGCCAAAGAUGCCCAUCGUGCACCGUGACCUCAAGAGCUCCAAUAUCCUGGUGAAGAACGACCUGACAUGCUGCCUAUGUGACUUCGGGCUCUCCCUGCGUCUGGACCCGACUCUGUCAGUGGAUGACCUGGCCAAUAGUGGGCAGGUGGGAACUGCAAGAUACAUGGCCCCCGAAGUCCUCGAAUCCAGGAUGAAUUUGGAGAAUGUGGAGUCCUUCAAACAGACAGACGUCUACUCUAUGGCUCUGGUGCUCUGGGAAAUGACGUCUCGCUGCAAUGCAGUGGGAGAAGUGAAAGAUUAUGAGCCUCCGUUUGGUUCCAAAGUGCGAGAACAUCCCUGUGUCGAGAGCAUGAAGGACAACGUGUUACGAGAUCGAGGACGGCCAGAAAUUCCCAGUUCCUGGCUCAACCAUCAGGGCAUCCAGAUGGUGUGUGAGACUCUGACCGAGUGCUGGGACCACGACCCAGAGGCCCGGCUCACGGCCCAGUGCGUAGCAGAGCGCUUCAGCGAGCUGGACCACUUGGACAGACUCUCGGGGAGGAGCUGCUCCGAGGAGAAGAUUCCAGAAGAUGGCUCGCUAAACACUACCAAAUAGCUCUUCCAGGGCAGGCUGGGCCAAGCCCAAAGAGGCCACCCCAUCCCCAAAGAACAGGCAGCUGAAAGCUGCCCCUGAACCAAUGCUUCCUGGAAACCCAGGGGUCUCUCCGCUCCCUGUAAUCUGUGGGGGUUAGGCAGAAAUAAGAAGACCGCAGGGUGUGGGAGCACAAGCAUUCAAUGCCUUUGACGUUGUCAUAGGAUAAGCUGUUAGCACUUCCUCAGGAAAUGAGAUUGAUUUUUACAAUAGCCAAUAACAUUUGCACUUUAUUAAUGCGUGUAUAUAAAUAUGGAAUAGCUAUGUUUUAUAUAUAUCUAUAUAUGUCAUAUCUAUAUAUGCAGCCAUCCUCUGGAAAGCGAUAAGGAAAAGAUCAAAUAUUCCCAGGCAGUCGGUUUGAUUGGAAAGCUCCUUCCCAGCGCACAGAAGGAAGGGACUCGUUUCACGUUAGCACUUGACAAUCACGCACUGGUGCUCUGCAUUAGGAGGGGGUCUGCAGCAGGAGGGAGACUUGGCGUCUCAGAGUCCACUGUGGACCCUUUGCACUUGCUUUUGCUAUAUAAUAAUUCCCCGCACUUGGGUCCUCCUUGGCCAUGGGAGUAAAGACAGUCUGUUUGGGGACCAGGUCUGGGGGUGCCUGUGUGCCAGUGUUUCUCCUGGACUUUUCACUUGAACUUCAAGCUACCUUCUUCAACAAGCUGGAAACUCUACUCCAUUUCUGACAGCUUAGACAUCUUGAGCCCCAUUCUCAAGCUGCAGAAAUCUCUCCACCUAAGAUAUCGCCACACUUUCUACUAAGGAGAGAUUAACAAAAGAACAGUCACCCCCCCACAGCCACCCCCCAAUGCCUCUGUCUCUGUUCUCCCUCCCAGCCCUUCUCCCUUUCCUGUCAAGGGAAAACAUCUCCCCUGCAGUCUUCAUUGUUUGACUUUUCAUACAUUUGAUUUGAGCUGAAGCUUUCUUUGCAAAUGCAGGUGGGCUCCUGAAUACGUCACCGUAAGACUCAAGAACAUUUUGACUGAGUGGACAGGAACAUAGCUGCACCUUACCGCACAGGCAGGACUGUUUCCUCAGGCACUCCUGAACUUGUGUUUUGCUUGGCCUGCAGAGCACUUCACGAAUGAGCCACUUUUUCAAUAUUUGAAUAUUUUCCCAAAGAUCUGGACCCCCAAGUGAAAUAGAUGGUUUCCAGUUCAGUCCACACCAUUCACAAAAUGUGUAGACACUCAAAGCCGCUUCACUUCUUGCUAGGAACAAAGGGAAUUUUCACGCCCACCCCCACCAGGAAUUCAACUUGCCCUUUUCUAGGUCCCUUGUAAGACAUGAGCAUCCAAGCAGUCAUUCUCCAGCUGUGGAACAUUUUUCUGAUCCCUCCCUCUACCUGGCCUGGGGUUAAGAUUUGGAGCUGGUCUUUUUGACUAAAGGAACCUCCUCUAAGUGGUCCCUGUGAGCCCGAGUCUCUUGUGCUUCGCUAGAAGAAUAAUCCCCACUGCAUUAGGCAUGGGAGCACUGUAUUCCAGGACACCAGCAUAUCAGCCAUUGCAGAAUUUGCUGGCGAGGACUUGAAUGCAGGACACUAUUGUCCCUUUUGCAGUUAGGAAUAAGUGUCCACAGGACAAGAACAAAGCUUUAAUACUCCAUAGGAAACCUGUUAAUUCACACACAUGUAUUAAUGCUGCAAAUAACAAUUUUUUUUAAUGUUUUUGAAGCUACUUAUUUUCAGCCAAAUAGGAAUCUUAGCAAAGGACUGAGAGUGAGCAAAUCAGCUUGAUUUGGAUUUUGGAAGGUCCCUUUUCAUGGGGGGGGGGGGGGGUUAGCAGAAUGCUGAAGUUUGGAGCGAGGUAGAACUUCCUAGGCAUACUGCUCAGUUGGCGUGGGAUGAGAGAAAUAAGGACAGUUUGGCUGCAACGCCUUGGGAAUGUCCAGAAAUUCUGUGCUCUUUAAGGUUGUUGAUGCCUUCCAAUAGCUGUUGCUCAUUGACCUCUAGUGGUGAAUGUUUAGAAUGCUGGUCCUUGAAUGUGAUCUUCCAAAAUUCAAAAGAGCUUUAUGAUUCUGGUUGCUCAUCAGCAUAAACUGGAAUGUUGUAUCAGAUGAUACUGUGGCUUGUUUGUUUGUUUGUUUAUAUUAUUCAAGAAAAAGACCAAGACUACAUUCUGCAUUUCCUAAAAAUACUUACUACUAUGCAUAAAGGGAAAGUUUUAUUCUUUUAUGGAACACUUCACAGUACUCAUGUAUUAAAAUAGGAAUGUGAAUGCUAUAUACUCUUUUUAUAUCAAAUGUCUCAAGCACUUAUUUUCAUCCUAUGCAUUUUUUGGCUUUUAUAUAAAUAAAAUGUUUAUUAGAUUAAAUAAA